GAAACUAUUGUCUAACACGGCAUGGCAAGCCGAGGCCAGAUCAGAAGAAUAUCAGAUAUUCAGAUGCGAUGCGCCCUUUCUCCCCAUUUGGCAUUUGCCCCGCGAGAGCCAACAGGCCAAGCGCGCACCCGCGACAAGGCUCGCUCGCCCACCCGAAACCCCGGCGCCGACGGCCCCACCCCAUGGCCGGCUCCACCGCGGUGCUGGCCGCCAUCCUGCUCGUCGACGUCGUCGCCUUCGGCCUCGCCAUCGGCGCCGAGCAGAGGCGCCCCACGGCGAGGCUGGAGACGGACGCGAGGCAGGAGUGGACGUACUGUGCGUACCGCCCGGACGCGGCCACGGGGCUGGGCGGCGCCGCGCUCGCGCUGCUGCUCGUGGGCCAGGCGGUGGCCGCCGUCGCCAGCCGAUGCUUCUGCUGUGGCGCGGCGCUGCGGCCCGGCGGCGCGCGGGCCUGCGCGCUCAUCCUCUUCCUCUCCUCCUGGUUGACAUUCAUAAUCGCCGAGGCGUGCUUGCUGGCUGGGCUGGUGCAAUCUGCCUACCACACCGGCUACCGAGCGGUGUUCUUCGAGAACCCGCCGGACUGCGAGACGGUGCGGAGGGGCACGUUCGGAGCCGGCGCGGCGUUUGCCCUGAUCACCUGCGUGCUCACCUCGUCCUACUACUACUAUUUCUCCAAGGCGCGGGUGUCCUUCCACCGCCGGGAAGCCACCAUCGGCAUGACCCCGCUGUAACAGUUUCCCUGCUACCAUGAUUUUCAGCGGAAAAUGGAAAACGCACUCAGCUGUAAUGUAACAGUUUUGAUAGCAAGGCUGUGUGUGUGUGUGUGUGUGUGUGUGUGUGUGUGUGUGUCUGUUUUUAGCUUUUACACAUAUUGCCCGCCUGGUAUUUUAGCUGCAUUCAUGUAAGGGAAGCUGCUAGACCAACCUGUCAUCGCUUAUUUUUCCCA